AUGCCAAUGGGGUGCUUGCAGGCAAUAAAUGACAACGUACUCGCGAUGUGUCAUGAGUUCGAUGUGGUCAAGUGUGUUUCAUGUUUAUCGACAUGCAUUUUUCCCGACGCUACAACGUAUCCAAUUGAUGAAACAAUGGUUCACCUGGGUCCACCACAUGAUUCUAACUUCGGUUACUCCUAUGCUAAACGCAUGAUUGACGUCCUGAACCGUGGAUAUGCUCAGGACUACGGUAGAAAAUACACAUCGGUCAUUCCGUGCAAUGUAUUCGGGCCGCAUGACAACUAUAAUCUCCAAUCAGCUCACGUUCUCCCUGCUCUCAUCCACAAGACUUAUGUGGCGAAAAAAGAAGGGAAGCCUCUAGAAGUCUUUGGGACGGGUAAACCCCUUCGUCAAUUUAUCUACUCGCUUGACCUCGCUCGACUAUUUAUUUGGGUUCUAAGGAGUUACGAGGAAGUGGACCCCAUUAUUCUUUCUGUCUCCGAAGAAGAAGAGGUCUCAAUUGCCGAUGCGGUCAAGGCCAUAGUAAAAGCAUUUGAUUUUAAGGGUGAAGUGAGAUUCGACACUACCAAAGCCGACGGUCAGUUGAAGAAGACAGCAUCAAAUGCGAAACUAAGAAAAUAUCUGCCUGAUUUCCGCUUCACUCCAUUUGACGAAGCUGUAAAAGCUUCUGUGGAUUGGUUUGUUGAAAACCAUGACUCAGCCAGACUCUGA